AUGUCCGUUCGCUGGGUGCUAAUACUCGUUGUAACAUUUCUUGCCUCCAUCGGUGAUGCGUACGCGGAUGAAAAAGGACCACCGGAAGGGCGCGUGGUAGCAAUACAGCUGCCAUACGUUUGCUCCAUACGUCUGCAGGCCGUGCAUCGUUGCAGUGCGACCAUAUUGAACCCAAACUGGUUGCUUACUUCCGGUCAGUGUGUCACCGGGCUCGUAGCUCCAUUCGAUGGGCUCGCAAUCGUUUGCGGUGUUCGUAUGUACCGCACCGUGGCCGAGAUCGUACCACAUCCGAGCUUUAUGGUAGCCAAUCCGACGGCGAACAACCUGGCGCUGCUUUUGAUGCGGAAACCUCUCAACCUCACGAGCUACGUGCAGCCAAUUCCACUGGUCGAUGACUGGGAGUUUUCCGCCGGAAAAGCCACCAUCGCUGGUUACGAUAGACGAUUUGAAGGAGUUCGGGUUUGGUGGAAUCCCCCGUUACAGCUAGCAGAGGUGACGAUCCUAUCAGUAUGCGAAUGCCAACAACGCCUUGGACCGACCCUGGCCGGUUAUCUAACGGAUGCGAGCAUUUGUACCGACGCUAGCCCAACCGUAGAGGCGUCACUGGUGACGUACGUCGGUGAUCCUGGAGCACCGUUGAUGAUUGCAACCGACACGCAACCCUACAACCUUCUGGCCAUUCCUGCCUGGACGGUGGCUCCCUGGGGGACAGGCCCGCUUGUGCACGUUCGCGUUGCGUCCCAUCUCGAUUGGAUUAUCAGCGUUAUCGCCGUCAACUAG